CUCUCUAUCUUUCUUCUUUUCUCUUUAUAAAAUCAGCUCAUUUUCUUACACAGAUUUAGAGAAACAUAACAUAAACGUACUUCUUCAACUGAUUCGUUACGCGAAACCACACUAUAAGUUACGUACACCACCACAUAUCCUCACCAUUCGUCAUCGACACGUGGCUGAUUAAACUCAAAUCAACGCUGAAUCCGAAAUCCGUACCCAUUUUUACCGGUGGUUGGGUUGUUUUGAGGGUUGAGAGAAGAAGAUGACGUCUGACGGAGCGACGUCGACGUCAGCAGCAGCAGCAGCAGCGAUGGCGACGAGGAGGAAACCGUCGUGGAGAGAGAGGGAGAACAAUCGGAGGAGAGAGCGGAGGAGAAGAGCUGUUGCGGCGAAGAUUUAUACUGGUCUUAGAGCUCAAGGUAACUACAAUCUUCCAAAACAUUGUGACAACAAUGAGGUUCUCAAGGCUCUUUGUUCUGAAGCUGGUUGGGUUGUUGAAGAAGACGGAACUACUUAUCGCAAGGGACACAAGCCUCUACCUGGUGACAUGGCUGGAUCAUCUUCUCGAGCAACUCCUUACUCUUCCCAUAACCAAAGUCCUCUGUCUUCCACUUUUGAUAGCCCCAUCCUAUCUUACCAAGUCAGUCCCUCGUCUUCUUCGUUCCCGAGUCCUUCUCGUGUAGGCGAUCCACACAACAUUUCCACAAUCUUCCCUUUCCUCAGGAAUGGCGGUAUUCCUUCAUCGCUUCCUCCGCUUAGAAUCUCAAACAGUGCUCCAGUCACUCCACCAGUCUCAUCUCCAAAUUCUAGAAACCCCAAACCAUUGCCUACUUGGGAAUCUUUUACCAAACAAUCCAUGUCCAUUGCUGCUAAACAAUCAAUGACUUCUUUGAACUAUCCGUUUUACGCGGUUUCUGCACCUGCUAGUCCCACUCAUCAUCGCCAGUUCCAUGCUCCGGCUACUAUACCUGAAUGUGAUGAGUCUGACUCUUCAACUGUUGAUUCUGGUCAUUGGAUAAGCUUUCAGAAGUUUGCACAACAACAGCCAUUCUCUGCCUCUAUGGUGCCAACUUCUCCUACUUUCAAUCUCGUGAAACCUGCACCUCAGCAAUUAUCUCCAAACACUGCAGCAACCCAAGAGAUUGGUCAAAGCUCCGAGUUUAAGUUUGAGAACAGCCAAGUUAAGCCAUGGGAAGGGGAGAGGAUCCAUGAUGUGGCUAUGGAGGAUCUAGAGCUCACUCUUGGAAAUGGUAAAAGCUCGUAGUUGUGAUGAAGUACUCAGGAACCCGUUAUGUCAUGUCGUCGGAAGGAAGGAUUGGAGUCUUAGUGUGUUGUUCAUUCAGUUCAUGGUUUUGGUUCUUGUUCUAGAAUCGAUAUUCAUUGUACCAGUGAGUUUGUUUCACAACGCAUUAUUUGUAGAUAGAGUGUUUAAGAUGUAUCUUUCUAUUAUCAUUCCUUUUAGGCCUUGAAAACAUUACAAAUAUAUUACAUUA